GAUGAUGAUUAAAUUAAGAAGUCGUGAAUCCCAUUUUAUUAAAAAUCCUGUUCCACUGUUUAAAGUUUUCCUUUGUAGAUCCCAUUUUCAACAAUCAUUCUGUGUGUAAAGAUAAUGGCCCCCGUUUUCGUGAUUCUUCCUCUCGGACUUCUCCUCCUUGUUUCUGGCCUCAUUGUCAACUCACUUCAGGCGAUUUUCUUCCUUCUAGUUCGGCCAUUUUCAAAGAGAGUGUACAGAAUAAUCAACAUAUACGUCACAGAGAUGCUGUGGCUUGAAGUCAUAUGGCUUGCAGAUUGGUGGGCAAAUGUGAAGGUUGAGCUGUUUAUGGACUCUGAAUCUUUUCAAUUACUGGGUAAAGAACAUGCUCUCGUUAUUUGUAAUCAUAGGAGCGACAUUGACUGGCUGGUUGGAUGGAUUCUAGCUCAGCGAUCUGGUUGCCUAGGUAGCGCUUUGGCUGUAUCCAAAAAAUCAUCAAGAUACCUCCCUGUCAUUGGCUGGUCAAUGUACUUUUCUGAAUAUAUUUUCUUGGAAAGAAAUUGGGCCAGCGAUGAGAACACAUUGAAGUCAGGACUUCAGCAGCUACGUCAUUAUCCAAGGCCUUUUUGGAUGGCUCUUCUUCCUGAGGGUACACGCUUUACACAGGCCAAACUUGAAGCAUCACAAGAGUAUGCUUCUGCAGCAGGGUUGCCUAUACCAAGGAAUGUUCUGAUUCCUCGAACAAAGGGUUUUGUCUCUGCAGUAAAGAACCUGCGUUCAUUUGUCCCAGCAAUUUACAAUAUCACUAUAGCUGUUCCCAAAAAAGAACCACGGCCAACAAUGUCAAGAAUUAUUAGUGGACAAUCUUUUGCGGUACAUGUGCACAUCAAGCGACAUCCGAUGGAUGAAUUACCAGCAACAGAUGGUGGCAUUUCACAAUGGUGCAAAGACAUAUUUGUGGAAAAGGAUACUUCAUUGGAGCUACACCUUAGAAGGGAGACAUUCAAUGGCAAGGAUCGUCAGCAAAUUGGUCGACCCAUGAAAUCUUUGCUAGUUGUGAUGUUCUGGUACUGUCUUAUCACAUUUGGUGUUGUCAAACUCAUACAGUGGUGUACAUUUUCUUGGGGAGGAUUGGCACUAUUAGCAAUAUUUAUAGCAGUUGUCAUGCUCUCGGUGCAGAUCCUCAUUCAUUCUACCAGGUCAGAAUAUUCUACCCCUCCUAUAGUAAAUCAGCCGGAAACUUUAAGAGUUUCACUUCUUCCCAAGUGAGCCAUCCUACUGGAGUCAUCUGCUUCAUGUGUGCUCAAGAACUUAAAAAUAUAUUCUGUUGGUAAAAAAAUUGUCUAAAGGAUCCUUCAAAUGCAUGAUUCGGACACUCGUGAUUAUUGCCUUCAUAAAAUUCAGAAACAUUUCAAGUUAUGCAUAAAGGGAGAAAAUUAAUUUCAUGAUAUGAUGUGAAAUUAAGAGAGAAUAUUGACUUGGUGAUUCUUAUGCUGCUUCUGAACAAGUUCAGUGCAAUUGUGGAAGAUUACCUGAGGGAAUGCUUAUAAUUUAUCUUUGUAUUACUUCUGUAUCCUACUCCUACUUCUCAUAUACAUGUAAGCAGCCCCAGCAUCCCCGACACACACAUAAAAUAGGCUUAAACGACUUCUUUCAGUAUUUCUGCUUGAUUUAAUAAUUAUUAUUUAGAUGGAGAAGGAAAACAAGGUAUUGUACUAGCUAUGCAUAACUUAUUCGAGUUAUAUCAUUACUCUGUUUGAUU